AGACUGCAAAGGGAGCACGCUUGAUAAAUCAACUAGAAAACAAACAAUAAAUAAAGAUGGAUAGCAAACCUGCAUUAACUUAUGUAAAGGCAGACCUCAGGAUUGUACUUGUUGGGAAAACUGGAAUUGGGAAGAGUGCAGCAGGAAACACCAUCUUAGGAAAAGAUGCUUUUAAAUCUGAGCUGUCUUCUUCCUCAGUGACAGAAGUUUGUGAGAAAAAGAAAGGAGAGUUUGGUGGUCUUACAUUGGAUGUAAUUGAUACUCCAGGAUUGGGUGACACAAAUAAAUCUGAAGAGCGGGUUAGGGAAGACAUUGCUCGAUGCAUGUCCUUUGCUGCUCCUGGACCUCAUGUUUUUCUGGUUGUGCUUCAGCCAACAAGAUUCACAAGUGAAGAACAAAAAUCAGUGAAAAUCAUUCAGGCAAUGUUUGGAAAAGAGGCAGAAAGUUACACCAUGGCCUUGUUUACUCAUGGAGAUGAGCUGAAGAAAAGAAGUGCCUCCAUAGAAAAAUUAAUUAAUGGUAAUCCAGAUCUGCGUCGCUUCAUCAGUCAGUGUCACAGGGAUUAUCAUGUUUUUGACAACGAUGACAAGGAUCCCUCUCAGGUCAGAGAGCUGCUGCAGAAGAUCAACACAAUGGUUCAAAGAAAUGGAGGAGGCUACUACACCAACGAAAUGUUCCAAGAGGCUGAGAGAGCCAUAAAAAAAAAGCUUGAAGAACUUCUGAGAAAAGAUCCAAACAUGGACCCUAAAGAAGCAAGAAAACAGGCAGAGGAAGACAACUCCUUUGUUCAGGCUGUUUUAAAGGGUGCUGCUAUUGGAACUGCUGUUGGAGGUGUGUGUUUAGCCGCUGCUGGAGCUGCUGCUGCUGGAGCUGCUGCUGCUAGAGCUGUUGCUGUUGGAGCAGCUGCUGCUGGAGCUGCUGUCGGAGCUGGUGUUGGAGCUGGUGUUGGAGCUGCAUAUGCCGGGGUUCCAACACAAGAUAUAUAUUUCAGAGUGAAAGAUGCAGCAGGAUGCAUCAUACAGUGAUACACAAGUGUUCAGUUAGCUGCAGCCCAUUCCAGUCAUAUGGAAAUUUUAGAAUAACACAGUGUUGUAUAUUUUGAUGACAUCUUGUUUAGCUUUUCUGGUCUGUCGACUGUAUCAUCUUUAAAAUCAGGUUGAUUUCUAAUAGUUUUACAGAUUAUCGUCUUAUUUCAUUAAUUAUAAAUGAGAUUGAAGGGAUACUUUUGAUUUAAUUUUUUUUAAAUCUACAACCAUUAAAAUAUAAUUUUGUUGUAUGUCAGCAGAAGACAGUGGGGACACUGCAUUUAUCUGAAUUAUGUACCAGUAUUCAAAAGCAAGAACUGAUUGAUAACAAUUAUUUUUUGUAGGUUGUUAGAAGAGGUUUUGCUCUUUUUGUUUUGAUUAAAAGUCAGGACAAUCGUGACAUUUUGUGCCUUUCCUGUACUUCAUGUCAAAUAAAAUAUGAUGAUGCCAAAUGACAAUCUGUAUCAGGACCUUUGUUACACAACAUUAUUAAAAGCAUCAACAUGCAGGCUGUGUUCUGUAUCACUUUGUGUUUUUUCUCUUUCCUUUUUCUGUCACUUCACUACACAGGGUAAUGGGUGAGACGACGUUAUUUGUUGUUUCUAAUAUCAUUCAGACCCUCACAUACAUGCCUUGUUUGUUCCACUGAUGGGCUCAAAGCAAACAGGAUGCUGCAGACCAAUGUUUUGUCCAAAUGUGUCACUUUGUCUUA